AUGGAUCUCAUGAUUUGCGGUACUUGCGGCGUGCAGUUCGACAGCCACGCAAUCAAAUCAUGCAAGAUAUGCGACGACCCUCGCCAAUACGUCGCUGAAGACGGCCAAUGGUUCACCACCCUUCGCGAGCUCCAAGACUCCAACAAGUACACCAAUGUCUUUACUAAAGACAAGUAUAACUCGGGCGUUAUCGCCAUUCGCACCGAGCCCCAAGUCGCCAUCGGCCAGCGUGCGUUUCUCCUCCGGUCACCCGCCGGCAACCUGCUCUGGGAUUGCAUCACGUACCUGGACGACGAAACCGUGCGCCGCAUCAAGGCCCUCGGUGGCAUCGCCGCCAUCGUUAUCUCCCACCCUCAUUACUUCUCUACCGCGCUCCACUGGGCCGAGGCCUUUGAUUGCAAAGUCUACGUCUCGGUUGAGGACGGCGAAUGGCUUACGCGCCGCGGAGACGCCCAUGUGUUAUGGGAAGGACAGGAGACGGAGUUACUCGACGGACAGUUUCUGGCUGUCAAAGUCGCAGGCCAUUUUCCUGGCAGCUCGGUGCUGCUGUGGAAGAGCGAGAAGAAGUUGUUUGUGGCGGACUCCGUCAUGGUAGUGCCUAGCGGAGUAUACCACGUAGACCGGCCCCCGGGGACUGCGAGCUUUGCGUUCAUGUGGUCAUAUCCAAACAUGAUCCCGCUUUCACCCGAGGCCGUGCAUGGCAUCUGGACGGCCGUUGCGGGGCUUGACUUCGAAGACGCACACAGCGCUUUUGUUGGACGUGAUGCCAGGGGUGACGCAAAGAAACGGCUAUUGGAGAGUGCCCAGCUUUUUGUUAGAUCUAUUGGAUAUACUGAUCAUCCUAUUCAUAGUGAGAGUAUUUAG